GGAUCAAAACGCGGCGUUUCCAACAAAAAUGGCUCCCCGUAAAUGUAAUAUGCCACGGAGAACUAUGUAUUCAUCACUACCCAAAAAACCCAAACACGAUUCGAUUCAAUUCCAUAUGUGGAGAAACAGAAACUCUUCGUCUUCUUCUUCAUCGUCGGUGCUCUUCCUGUUGCUCGCUAUCCUUCUGAUCAAAAUGGCGGAAUCUACUCCUCCUGCCGCUGUUGACUCGUCUAAUGCAGCGGUUCAUAUUGUUUACACUGAGAGGCCCCAGGAUGAGGAGCCUGAGGCCUACCAUAUCCGAACCCUAUCCACCGUUCUCGGCAGUGAUGAGGCUGCAAGGGAGGCUUUGGUUUACAGCUACAAGACGGCUGCGAGUGGAUUCUCAGCCAAGCUCACGCCUGAGCAGGUUGAGCAAAUCUCAAAGCAACCGGGCGUUCUUCAUGUUGUCCCCAGCAAGACAGUUCAACUGCAUUCAGGACCUGGGAAGCUGCACUGAAUCACAUGAAACCCUCUCUGUUCCCUUCUGUGAAUGAAUAAAAUAGCCCUUCAUAACAAGUUUGUUAUGAGGCUUGUGUUCUUAAAAGCAGUGUAUUGGGUGCUAAGAAAGCUUUGUAUCUAAAUUACAAAUGUACUUAUACAUCUAUAUAAUAUAGCUGCAUCUAUGCGUUUGUGUGCUA